UAUCCUGUUCUACAAAGUGCUGAUAUAUUGCUGUAUAAUUGGACAAGAUCAAGUUCAGCACAUUCAAUUCGCACAAGAGUUAGCCAUUAAAUUCAAUAAAAGAUUUGGAAAUACUUUUCCCGUGCCUCAUUCUUUAGUUAAUGAAAAUGCAAGUCAACGUAUAAAAUCUCUUCGUGAUCCUUCAAAGAAAAUGUCAAAAUCUGACCAAAAUCCAAAGAGCAGAUUAGAUAUACUAGAUAAGCCAGAAGUAUUGGCAACAAAAAUAAAGAAGGCAGUUACUGAUUGUAUAUCGAAAGUAACUUAUGAACCAGAAACACGGCCUGGUGUUGCAAAUUUAGUUAUUAUCCAUUCCAUGCUUAGUGGAAAAUCACCAAAUCAAAUAUGUUCUGAAGUAGAAGAACUAGAUACUGGAAAAUAUAAAUUAGUGGUAGCGGAUUUAGUUAUAGAAAAAUUGACUCCUAUUCGUGAAAAAUUUUCAAGAUUAAUUAAGGAACCAGUUUAUUUGCAAGAAAUUUUGAAAAGCGGUACAGAAAGGGCAACAGAUAUAGCUAGUGAUUGUUGGUGUGAAGUUCAAAAUAAAAUCGGUUUUAAAAAUGACAUUCUUCAUGAAAAUAAAUCAGUACAAAAUACAAUACACAAUAUAUAAUGUAAACUGAACAUUUAUUUAAAAAUAAGAUGUAUACUUAUUUAAUAAUUACUAUUGCAUUGAUGAUACUA